AUGAGUGAUUGCAAGAAGAGUGGCCGGACAAGCUUUGUGAGGAAUGCAGGACAAUUAUUGCAAGGGUACCAGCGAAGCUUGUCCAGGAAGAUUUUUAGAACGAUUAUGGUGGCAACAAUGGUUCUUCUUUUUACUUUUUGGUAUAAAAAAUAUUUUUUUGUUUACAGAGUGAAGGAGGAUUUGAGAAUGGAGAAGAUAUGCUUAGAAUUUAUAAACAAAAGUGUUGACAAGUGCCUGGAGCACAGGACGCGUUAUGAGCAGAAUAAGGCGUUUGCGGCGAUCAAGACACAUCUUCCACUGGUGCCUGUCAAGAUAACACGAGCGAAUGCGGUGUUUCUGUAUACAUAUAACAAUCCACACAUUGUGAUCAAGCGAUGUAUUGCACCUGAUUCGCCUGGUUUGUCAGAAGAUGAGAUUCUGAUGAUGCUGGACAAUAAGAAUGUUGUGAAGUCGUUCAAGUCGUUCAGGGAGAAGUUUGUAAAUAGAAAGGGGGAAGAGGAGACGAUUAUCUGGUUGUUUAUGGAGUAUAUGGAUAGGAAAGUAUCUCAAGAAAUAAUCAGAGGAGAUGAGAGUAGAAUACGUGAUGUUACAGAAGGAGUGCUUCAUGGACUUAAGUACCUGCAUGGACUUGGAAUAGCACAUCUUGAUUUGAAGAUCUCGAAUGUGAUGGGAAAGGAAACAAAAGAAGGAGUGGUAUACAAAAUUAUUGAUCUUGGAUUUGCAAGGCGAUUUAAGCAAGAAGAUAGGAAUGCAGAGAUUCAGAUACCUUCGAAGAGCUUUGGAACGUAUCCAUAUAAGCCACCAGAGAUUUCACAAUUGAAUGUGCAUGGGAUUAAGGGAGAUAUCUGGAGUCUUGGAGCAAUUGUAUGGUUUUUGUCACUGAAGCAGACACCGUUCUACUUUGAUGAUGGAAAGAAGGAUAUAGAUAAAUGGAAGAUGUUUAUACGCGGAAAGCUGCCGCUGUUUUUCAAGCAAAGCUCAUCGUUUGCACUGAAAGACUUUGUAAGGAAGUGCAUGUCGUUUGAUAGGUUUUCAAGACCAAGUGCAGCGGAGCUUCUUGAGCAUCCAUUUAUACUUGGUCAGCCGAUGACUGUGCAAGAUGAGGAUGAUGUGAAUCUCAGUGAUGAGUUUUUGUCGAGUUCAGGAUACGACAGCAUGGAGUAG